GUUUAUAUUCUCAUUGUUGUACCGCUGUUAAAAUGAGAGAAAAUAAAAAAAAAUAUUAUUAUAAUAAAUAAACAAUUUUUAAAUCGUUAUUAUUAUUUUAAAAUGUGCCAGGAUAUAAAACUCUGAAGUGUUUUUUAGUUAGGUUUAUGAAAAGAAACUUUAUCAACAAAAUAAAAUGUCUAUCUCAACCGUCUCAACAGAAUUAUCAACAUUUCUAUAUGAUUUAAAAUAUAAAAAAGUCACAGACAAAAAGCUUGCUAUCGAUAAUAUUUUAAGUUUCUACGAAAAUCCAGAUGUCAUUAAAGAAAUUAGUUACAAUACUGUGGAAGAUAUAGCGGACAAUGUUACAUGGAAUCAAAUAAUGAGUACAGUUCAGCAGAUAAUAAUUGAUGAGGGCAUGGGAAAAUCGGGUCCGAAUAGAAUUAAAAUUUCCGAUUUAGCGCAGAGAACGUUCGAGAAUUCAAAUAUGAUGCUGACAAAAAUGGAUUUUUCAACAGUUGUUGCGGAAAUAUUGGAGAAAGAAACAUACGCCUAUUGUCAUCGAAUUUAUUUAAAAGCACUGCCAACGUAUAUUCUUCCCGUUUAUGCUUGUCGAGUGAAAUUUUCAUCGGAUAAUUGGCAAAAUUUAUUGCGAGUUUGCGUGAAUCUUUAUCCAAAUCAAACAACAUCACAGGGCAAAAGUUUGUUACUAACGACAAUUUAUUCCAUCGUCAAUUACUGUUGUUUAGAGUCACACUUGACUUUGGUUUUACCAAAAUUUCUCCCUGUAUUAGAGGAAAUUUUCAAGAGUGCCAAAUCGGAUCAAAUAUUAGCAGAUUCUGCAUUUCAAUUAGCAGCGAAAGUUUGUCAAUUAAUUGCAAUUGAUGAACGAAAGGAAUUGUGUGAUUUUGCCGAAAAAAUAUUGCCAAACAUUGUAUUUCUCGAGGGACGAGAGGAAAAAUAUGUUUUAUUUCUUAUUUUAAUUGAAGUGCACAAUCCAAAUGGUGUUACUUUCAAUGAUCCGGUUUUUUACGCUCGAAAUCCAAAGGAAUGGCGAAAUAUUCUGGAAAAUAUGUUUUCAAUGAUUAUGAAGGAAGCGCGAGCGGAAAUUUUGUCUCAACCUUUCAUUCAUUUUGCCACGGCAGUUUUUCGACAAAUGAGCAAGCUUCCAACGAACGAACAAUUAGCAAUUUUAAAUACUGAAUUCGAUGGCGAAUACGCGCAACCAACAAAGAAACGUCGCUUAAAUAUCAAUACUGGAAUUCUCCUUCACACCAUAAAUGGAAAGCAGACAAAACUCGCAUGGCCAAUGAUACAAAUUUUAGCCAAUGUUCUCGAGAAAUAUCCCGAUACAUUUGAUUUCAAUGAAUUCAUCGAACUACUUCGAAUAGUGAAACAAAAUUUUGCGAAAUUAACCGAAAACAAAUAUGCCCUCGACAGUUUAUGUCAAUUAGCAAAAAAUUUAUUGUCAGUUCAUGAAAAAUUUGCCAAAAAUGAUAAAAUUGUGGAUUUAAAAAAUUUCACAAGUGAAAUAUUGAGUUCGUUACUUCGUUGUUUACCUUCAAUUGAAAACGAUCAACACGGACAUAUUUUGAUACAAUCGUUAAUAGUUGGUGGAAAUGUGACAAAUUACGACACACUUCUUCGUGCAUUCGUCACAAGAACAAUGAAAUGGUCAUCGAAUAGCGUUCGUACUUUAUUUCUACUCUGUCGUCAUGUUCCAUUGCCAGAGAAAAUUACCCAGACGGACAAUAAAAUUGUAUCAUUAAAACGUCAAAUUAUCAAAUGGUUGUUAAAUAUACCGUGGGAGAUGAAUUUCACCGAAUUUCCUCUUUAUGAACUCGGCGAAAUUCUCUCUUGUUUUCCCCUGAAAACAUGGUGUAAAGAUUCCGAAGAAAAAGAGGAUCUUACAAUUUCGAUUCAAUACGAAAUGUGUCUUUUAGACACUGUUCGACAAUUAUCACUGGACGAUAUAAAUAAUUGUCAUGUGUCACAAAAUUUUCCCGACGAUUUAUUCUCGAGGGGAGAAAAAAGGGAAAAGGAGAAGAAGACUGAUUCAAAAUCACCAAUAUGGCAAAAGGAGGAACUCGAAUUUAUAAUUGGGGAAAUUUCCCAUUUCCUUCAAGAAGGUGAUUUGGAUAUUUCGUCAAUUGGUAAAAAAAUACUCAAGUGUACGAUAGUCGCGCGAACAAUUUCCGCCUUUGAAUCAAUGAACUUUGAAAAUAAUUGUCUUGCUCUUCUUUUUGAUACACUGGAGGGAGUUUUUAAUUUUUUGGAAAGUGUCGAUUUCACAAAGCAACGGCUCAAAGAUCUGGAGGUGAUUCUAAACGCCUUGAGUGUUUUUUUUCAAGUCAGUUAUCACGAUAAGGUGAGCGAAAUAAUUCUCUCGAGUAUCAGUCAAGAAUCACUGAGUUGUAUUUACAAAAUUUUGACUAUCGAACAAUUUGCAUUUCACGAGAAUUCAAUGUUUUGUUGUCCGAAUAUCAACGAGACUUUGGCGGCCGAUUUUCCGAUUGAAUCGUCAUUGACGGAACUGCCAAAGGAAGCGAUUUUAAAAUUAAAAGUUACUAGAACGCUAAAAAAUUACGCCUCACUGACGAUUGGAUCGAAAAUGAAUGAAAUACAACAGGAAUUAAUGAGGAGUCUAAUAGGCAAUAAUAUCAGUGAAAUGUCCACGAAUAUCGAUAUUAAAAUCGCGACACUUAUCCUCGAGGUCGUAAAUCGUGAUUUGGUCCUCGAAGAAGAUAUUCUUGAAUAUCUAAUCGAAUAUCUGUUACUUCUCUUCUCGACAUUCUACCGAAAUUCGAAGAUUGUUCGCUACGUUCUGAAAAUUCUCCCAAUUUUCUACAAGCAAGUAACGAAGAUCGGUUUGUUCUCCGAAAAAUUUCAAUCUAUCCUUUUGGAAAUCGAUCGCAACAUUAAAAAGCACUUAUAUGGUUCUCAAGUUCAUUGGGAAUUUCUAAAAUCAAUAAAAAAAAUGUUCGAAAUUGACGCUACGUUCAAAACUCUCUCGCAGGAUAUUUCAGUUAUUGAACUUAUUCUCAACUAUGUGGAGAGUCCCUUUUUUUUAGUUCGUCUAGAAACGGCGAUGUGUGUCUACAAAAUAUUCUCCUCUCAACAAAUCGAUUUCACAUGGAAGAGAUAUUUUUACGAGAAGCUAAUGCUAAUACUAAUCGACGAAACGGAGGAAAAUUUACUCCGAUCCCUAUCAAUAUUCGCCGCAAUUAUCAGCGGCAAUAAUAAAUUUCAAAAUCGUAUUCUUCAAAUUUUACUCAAGUUAAAGAACAUCCCGAUUGAGAUGAUUAAAAAGUUGUUAAAAAUCGGCAAAUUUAAUCACGAUUUUCUCCUUCUCGAAUGGUGUUCAAAUAAAACGUUCGACACAUUUCCCUGGUCAAUUAUCGACUCUUCGUGUGAAUCCAAAUUUCCGGAUAUAAUUCACAUUCUCCUCAUCACAAGGGACAAGAAUUUUGAUCAAAUAAAAGAAUACUGCGAAAAGUACCAAAUAAAUUUCUCCCAGGAAUAUAGGAAACAAUUUCCGAAAAUAUUCGCAUGGCUUUUGUUUUACAUCGCCCGAGGGGAAAAAUGGGCCGGGGAUCUUUUGCAAAAAUUGAAGAAUAUGGAUCAGUAUGGAAUUGAAGAGAAUUUCGAAACAAUCGGAAAAGAAUCUUUCGAUCAACUAAUUGUGUUUCUUCUGCAAGGUUUCGACGACGAAGAGAAUUUCGAACUUAUUUUUCAAGUUAGUGUCACGUUUUCCGAAUCAAUACCAAUGAGAUUGAAAUCGAAGGAAAUUGAAACAUGUUUCAAUUUAGUACAAAAUGAACUACUAGAUCGAGGGUUAAUUAAAUAUUUACUAAGUGCCGGAGAAUUUUUACAAAAAAUACUAAUGACUCUAACUUGUAAUAUCUACGAAUCUAGGGAAUUGAAAGCAUUUCACCAGUAUGUUUACUUUUCCUCUCUAUUACUGGAAGAAUUAAAGAAAAAUUCUUCGCAGAUGGAAAACUUUAUAAUUCGAGAUAUUUCUUACACGUUGCUGCAUUUAAUGAAAACGGAGCUCGUCGAUUUCUCCUGUCAGUAUUUUCAGAGAUUUCUCAAAGAAAUCCUCCCGGAAAAAUCGGAGAGUGUUAAGGAAUUUUUUCCGGUUAUUGUCCGAACUCUAACACCGCUAGUCGAUCGAAAAACGUCCAUUGCCCUAAGUUUACUAAAUUUUCUCAUCGUCGAACAAACCGGGAAUUUUUCGGAUUGUAUCCAAAAAUUGAAUUCCUUUCCAAAUAAUCCCCUCUUUGAUGAAAUUCGCCAAGUUCACGAGAGUUAUAAAACAAAAUACACCCUUGCGAAUGAAAUCAACGAUUUUUUGCACUACACGGAGGAAAUUAAUUUACCGAGUAACGUGAGUUGUCUUUUAUUGCUAAAGGGAAAAAUUCAAAAGAAGAAAACCGAAGUGAACGAAUUGUACAAGAGUUUGGAGAAUUUACGUUUCGCCGAAGAUUCCGAUUCGAGUAUUUUACAUCAGUUAAUUUAUCGUCUAGUGAAAUUGACCGAAUCUUCAGAUUUAAAUGUCUCCCAGGAAGCUGUCAAAUGCCUCGGAAUAUUGGGUCCAGGCGAUUUAACGACAAUGAUUCUCCAUCAAGAGAAAAUGGAAAUUCGUGAAUCGAACGAUCGAUUUGAAACUCUAACUUACAAGAUAUUAAUAUUCCUCUCGAAUCACAUAAUCGACGAGAAUAUUGAAUUGAGAAAAUCUUCCACAACUGCACUUUAUUCGGUAGUGAAUUCACCAUGGGGGACAAAAUUAAUGAACGGGAAAUAUCGAGCGACUUUCGAGAAUAAUUUACACCAAAAAGAAAUACGACUUUGCGUUGAACGAAUCCAACCGUUUAUUAUCGUCAAUAAAUCGAAAAAUCGUCUUGCAAUUGAGAGAGGAAAAUUUCGUAGAUUAACAAAUUUGGACAAUCAUCUGUGGAAUGAUCAAGUGAAUAUUUCCUAUUUCGACUGGAUUUCUGAAUUAACCUGUUCAAUUGCGGAGAUAUUCACGAAUUUUUAUUUGGAAAAUUUAAUACCAAUAUUUCGUGUUAAUUUACAAUUUUGCGAGGAAAUAUUGUAUCGUGUCGUUAAUAUUAUAAUACGUGACGAUGCAACGUUAGCCUAUGAUUUUUGUAAUUGUAUCAAUCAAUUUUUUCGCUCUAAUUCAAAAAUGGAGAAAUUUCGUAAUCACGAUUCAAUAAGAUAUAUGUUGAAUUUGGUGAAUUUUUUGAGAAUACAAGACGAUGAUGUGAUUGCAUUGAAAUUUGAUUAUUUACCAAUUGCUAAGGCGGCACAAUUAUGUUCGGCGUAUUUCACAUCAAUAAUGUACGUUGAAUUGUGGUGUGAGAAUUUUUUAAAUGGUAAACGUGAAAUUGAAAGUUCACUGUUAAUUGAUAGAAUUUAUCAUCAAGAUCCAAUUCAGGGGAAAAUUGUCAAGGAUAUUAUUCGUGAUGCGAGUUUAAAAAUUGGUGAUCCAGACGCUGUUUUUGGUUGUGGAACUUAUCAUCUUAAAGAUCGUGAGGCAAGAUUGCAAUAUUUCGCUGAUCUUCAACAAUGGGAUCAAAUGGUAGUUCUACAGGAUUCAAAAUUAACGAAUGGCUAUGAUUCACUUAGUGGAAUGAUGAGCGCCUUGGAAAAUUCCGGUUGUCAAUAUCUUUUGGGACAAUUUAUAAAAACUACGAAUAAAGGUGAAGAAUCGUCUGAAAUUGAUGAUUUUCAUUACGAAUGCGCUUGGCGACUCGCCAACUGGAAUUGUGUGACAUUGAAAAAAAAUUGCGAAAAUUCAGAAAAUUCCAGCGACUUUAAUGUCGAUAGGGAAAAUUUUUCCUUUCAUCACUACAAGUGUUUGAAAUCAUUUCACGAAGACGAUUUUCUCGUAUUAAAAUCAUCACUCGAAUCUGCACGAUCAAUUAUUAUUAAAGAUCUACGAAACAUCAGUUCUGAAAGUUGUAAAGCCGUUUAUCCGAGUUUAACAAAAUUGCGAAUGCUCCAGGAAAUUGAGGAUCUAAGUUCAGUCGAAUCGCAAAAUUACGAGUUAAUAAUUUCCGACUGGAAAUCACAGGAUUAUAUUCGACAAAGUGAAUUUCAAUAUAUUGAACCACUACUCUGGCAACGAAGUGUCUUGUGUAAAAUACAAGACAACUUUAAAACAAUUCCCAUUCUAAAGGAAUCUCUCAUUGAAUUUUAUUUGGAAAUUGCUGAAAUUGCAUCGAAACAGGGAUUUCUGAAGGAAGCCGCACGUUCAUUGGGCACUUUGGCGAAAGAAGAAGGACUCUCGUGUGAAAUUCGUGAUCAAUUACACUAUCAGGAAUCAUUGCUGGCUUGGAUGAAUAAGGACGAAGGAUUGGCGCGUUCGCUAUUGAGAAAUUUACUAAAUCAGACGAAAAAUAAUUAUCGUCUUCACGCGGAAUCGUUGCGUGUUUAUGGAAAUUGGAUGGCAGAGACGCAAUCCGGUAAUCGGCAAACAAUUUUAAAGAAAUAUUUAGAGGCAAUAAAGAUAUUUAUGAAAAUUGAUGAACCAUCAUCGCAAGACUUGAGGAAUUUGAAUAAAACACAAGCGGCAUUGGCACGUUUCGCUGACGUUCAUUAUCGACAAUUAAAGGAUUACAUGCAGUCCAGUGAUUUUGAUAGUAUGAGAAAAAUGGCCGAAAUGUCCUUAGAUUCGCAUAGAAACGAAUUGGCUUAUCAGGAUCGCGAUGUGAGAAUUGCAUUCGCAAAAAAUAAACGACAAACCGUAAUUGACGCAUUAUCACUCGAGGAGACGGAGAAGGAGAAAAAUUAUUAUCUCACCAUGGCAUUGCAAUUUUACGUGAAAACUUUACGUCAAAGCGAGGAGCAUAAUUUCAUUAUUUUCCGUGUUGUUUCAUUGUGGCUUGACAAUAUUGCUCUAACGAAAGUAAAUGAAAUUUUAGACGAAUAUUUACCGACAAUUGCGAGUUAUAAAUUCAUUCAAAUGCUACCGCAAUUGGCUGCACACAUGAGUGAUGAGGAUGAUGAAUUUUCAAUGAAAAUAAAUAAUAUUUUGGAAAGAUGCGCUCUCGAUCAUCCAUUUCAUUCGUUGCCAGUUCUAUUGGCAUUGAAACAUUUAUAUGAGGAUACAAAAUUCACGUCCAAUGGUACAAAGCACAAUAAAAUUGAGGCGAGAGUUGUUGGCGCAAUGAAAUUAAUUCAAAAACUUUCGAAAUCGAAUAAAAUUAGUGGAAUUGUCCGCGAAAUGGAACAAUUGGCACUCGCUUUGGUUCAAUUGGCUUAUGUCGAAACUCCCCGCGCAACUCAAAAAUGCAAUAUUCCUCGAAAUCAAGAUAUUUUAAAAGUGAAAAAUUUUGAAAAUGCAAUUGUACCCACCAUCACAAUGGAUGUGAGGCCGAAUAAAAAUUACGAGGACGUAAUUGGUGUUAGUAAAUAUUUAAAUACCUUUGAAUACGUCGGAGGAAUAAAUGCACCGAAGAAAAUAAUUUGCGUUGGAACUGACGGAAUCGAAAGGAUACAAUUAGUGAAAGGUAAAGAUGAUCUUAGACAGGAUGCCGUUAUGCAACAAGUAUUUUCCGUCAUGAAUUUAUUGCUAAAAGCGAGAAAGGAAACGAAACAACGAAAAUUAGUUGUCAGAACUUACAAGGUGGUUCCGUUAACUCAAAGAUCGGGCAUUUUAGAAUGGUGCGAAAAUACUAAGCCAAUUCAAGAAAUUCUGAUCGGUACGAAUAAAAGCAUUGGAAUUCACAAAAAAUAUUAUCCGAACGAUUAUUCUGUGGCAAAAUGUCGAGCAAUAAUGGAAGGAUCAUUGAAGCGAUCGAAUGAUUUUAGACUACAGGCGUAUAUGAAUUGCUGUAAAAACAUGACGCCUGCUUUCCAUCAUUUUUUCAUAGAAACUUAUUUGUCACCCGAGACUUGGUUCGAGAGACGACUCGCUUAUACGCGAAGUGUUGCCGUCACUUCUAUCGUUGGCUACAUCCUUGGCAUUGGUGAUCGACAUUUAUGUAAUAUUCUUCUCGAUAAAAUAACAGCGGAAGUUAUUCACAUUGAUUUCGGAAUUGCGUUUGAGCAAGGAAAAGUGUUACCUGUACCGGAAUUAAUUCCAUUUCGAUUAACGCGUGAUAUUGAAGUGGCAAUGGGAAUAUCGGGAGUCGAGGGCGUAAUGAGACGAUGCUGCGAGCAAACAAUGAAAGUUCUUCGCGAACAAAAGGAAGUUAUUGUAACUCUUCUUCAAGUUCUUCUUUACGAUCCCCUAUUCACUUGGGCGAUAACACCAUCAUCAAUGUGCCGAAGCAGCAAUUCAAUCCAAUUGCUUGAAACUGAUUUGGAGAUAAAUAAAAUUGCCGAAAGGGCUUUGGUACGAGUGCAACAAAAAUUAACAGGAAUGGAAGAAGCAGUUCCCUCAAGUAUCGAGGGACAAAUUGAAAGACUCAUCCAACAGGCAAGAGAUCCAUCGCUAUUAAGUCGAUUAUAUUUUGGAUGGCAAGCUUAUCUGUGAUCUAAUUUUACCCG